AAAACCUUGGAGAGGCAUCCGCUCUGCAUUUCCGGACUGUUCUCCUGGACAAUGUUUUAGAGCACACUCACCACGCCACUUUGUUGCAAAGCGAAAGGGCUAAAAAUGCGUGCCCUAAUAAACCAACUUAUAUUAAUAAUCACCACUGCCUAUUUGGUGGUAGGCCAAAGCUCAGACAGCAACUCCACCAGCACCACGAUCAUUUACACUGCAUCCUCAGAUGUGACGGCUACCAAAACUACACCUGCGCCUGAAAUUGCAAAGCCUCUUAUUGGAACAUUGGAUUCUAUCUUGAAUAAAGCUCCAGUAAUUCCCGAAGUCAUCCCCGUUCAAGCAAUUUCCGACCGGGUUCAAAUAAUGCCAGAAGUGUUAAUUGCUCCAAACGCGGACCCCUCUGCCGCGAGCAACAGUUCUAGCACAAUUGCAGAGAGUCCGAUAGUUAGCAGAAAUAGGUGGAGGAUACCACCACUUGGAAGCCCUGAGCCACUGCCUGACAGGGUGAAUCCAAUUUUAUCUGCGGGACGAGAGGACCCGAUGAAAAUAAAUCCAGUCGUGGACCCUAUCGCACCCCAAGUGAAACCAAUGAUUAUGGUUCCACAACUGCCACCUCUAGUAGCCGCAACGUCAACGGAUGAGCUUCCUGAUGACGUAAAAAUGCUGAAAAUGAUGAUCAAAAAUCGAGAUGAAAAAAUUAAUUCUCUUAUUGCUGAUAUGACGCAAUUACAAGACAAAUGCGACAACAAGCCCGGACCAAUAGGGAUAAUACCACCUGGACCGAUUUGUCCGCCGCCGACUAAUGAUAUGGGAUGCUCAGUAAUUUUAGGAGCAAAAGAUGAUGAGAUUCAAAAUCUGAGAAAGCGGAUGACUUAUCUUGAGAACCUUGGAAAACAACCAAAAAGGCAAAUUGAUGUAUAUAUCCAAAAGUCGAAGCCGGUCAAAAAAGGAAAAUUCCAGACAAAAUCAUCCACUGCAAAUCCAUCCGCUGCUGAUUGUGAAAGCGCUCUUAAUUAUGAGAAAACAGUCACAACUGCUCUUCAAACAGGAGUGAUUGAAAGAGAUGUUCAAAUUACAAAUUUGCAAGAAUCCCUGAAGAACGCAGAGGAACGAGCUACUGUCAUCCAAAAUAGAGAAAUUAACGCUUGCAACUUAAAAAUGAAGCGUGUUGAGAUGGACUUACAGAUGUGCAAAGAUAGAGUUCAAAAUAAUAAAUAUGUCUCAAAAAAUAGUGAAGAUAGCGAAGACGAUGAAGCUUCAUACGAUGAUGAAGAAGAUGAUGAAGACGAUAGCGAAGAUCCUGGAAUCCGUUCUAUUGUUUACAGACUUUUAAUUUCAUCAGCUAUUCAAAACAGACACCCAUUCGUUUAUUUUAACGGUUUCCCGAUGAAGUUUAACAGGCGUUUUGAAAAUAAAGUACCAGUGAUUACUUUGGGAAACAAUGAAUAUUACUUCCAGAACAGUUCGAGGGUGAACUGGAAGGUUGCCAGUAAUAAUUGUGAAAAGCGUAAUAUGAAAUUAGCUUCGAUUGAAAGUGAAGAAGAAAGCGCAAUGAUUUCUGCGAUCAUUGGCAACUCCAACUACAAUUAUUGGACCAGUGGGCGCGACAACUACGGCAAAGGAGAUUUCCAAUGGAGCACAAUCAAAAAGCAAUUCAACUUCACAAACUGGGCUCCUGACCAACCGCUCAAUGGUGAUCCAAAGAGACAAUGCGUGUCAACUGGGCCAGCCAAUGAUGGUGUGGUUUGGAAAGUAGAAGAUUGCAACAAUUACCUUUACUUUAUUUGUGAGAAAUCUUUGUAGCCAUGUUGGGGCUGAAAUAAUAAUCUAUAUCACAAAUUUUCGAAUCCAAAAAAUAUGCACUGUUCAAAUGAUGUUUGUUGAAAAGUGUUUUUAUAUCAGUGCAAACGUGCACCAAUUUUCAAUUUCAUUGAUCCAAGUUUGUUUUGGGGUCGGGAAAUGAUUUACUUUAUUUAAAUUUGCUUAAAAACCUUGUUACAUGCUAUACCUGAUCUGAUUGAGAAUCAGUUAAUAGCAGAUUGUGAUGGUGGUUGGUAUGGAAAAGGAAAACACAAAUUACCAAGAAAAAAUUAAUAAAACAAACAUCCUAAUUAGAAUA